AUGUGGCAACUGCCCACCCCAAGGCCUGCACAGACCUCAGUGGGAGCGCGGCUGCUGGGCCGGAAGCUGCUGUCUCUGCCCCAACCCCCCCCCCAAACCCGCAACGCAACCCCAACGCCCCGGGAAAGAACCAAACCUAAAACCGAAGCCUGGAAGCCAAGGGGCAAACGGCAACCCCCGGGCCGCCCGCCUAACCCCAAAAAACCCCCCAAACAAAAAAACCGGGCCGGCAAAAAAUCCACCAACGCCUGGUCCAAGUCUGUCAGCAGAUCCCUCCGGCUGCCCCUCUGCGACACACCCAGGAGCCAGCGCUUCUCCCCACCUCCGCUCUGCCGCCCUGACCCCGGCCAUCACCCCCGUCACUGUCGCCUCCUGGCCAGCCUCCCUGCAGCCUCCGUGCUGCAACUGUGGGCUCGGGACAUCACACGGAGCCUGGAGGAGUGGCUGAGGUUGACUGAUGGGGAUGAGCUUGGAGAUGGAGAAGCAGGGAAGUUCCAGGCUGAGCUUGAUGGGAAGACCCAGGAUUCUCACUUGGUGUCAACGAGACCCACUGCACGUUCUCACCCGUUCUCACCGUUCUCACCGUUCACACCCGUUCUCACCUGUUCUCACCCGUUCUCACCGGUUCUCACAGUUCUCGCCCGUUCACACCCGUUCUCACCAUUCUCAUCCGUUCUCACAGUUCUCGCCCGUUCACACCCGUUCUCACCAUUCUCAUCCAUUCUUACCCGUUCUCACCAUUCUCACCCAUUCUCACCAUUCUCCCCCAUUCUCAUCAUUCUCACCCGUUCUCACCGUUCUCGCCGUUCUCACAGUUCUCGCCCAUUCACACCCAUUCUCACCAUUCUCAUCCAUUCUUACCCGUUCUCACUGUUCUCACCCGUUCUCACCACUCUCCCCUGUUCUCACCAUUCUCAUCUGCUCUCACCCGUUCUCAUCAUUCUCACCCGUUCUCACCGUUCUCGCCGUUCUCACCCGUUCUCAUCUGUUCUCACCCGUUCUCACCAUUCUCGCCUGUUCUCACCGUUCUCGGCUGUUCUCACCAUUCUCAUCUGUUCUCACCCGUUCUCAUCAUUCUCACCCAUUCUCACCGUUCUCACCAUUCUCGCCCGUUCUCACCGUUCACACCUGUUCUCAUCGUUCACACCCGUUCUCACCGUUCUCAUCGUUCUCACCGUUCACACCCGUUCUCACCAUUCUCAUCCUCACGUUACACCCGUUCUCGCCCGUUCUCACCAUUCUUACCCAUUCUCACCGUUCACACCCAUUCUCACCAUUCUCAUCCAUUCUCACCCGUUCUCACCAUUCUCACCCAUUCUCACCAUUCUCAUCUGUUCUCACCCGUUCUCAUCAUUCUCACUGUUCUUGCCUGUUCUCACCAUUCUUGCCCGUUCUCGCCCAUUCUCGCCCAUUCUUACCGUUCUCAUCCAUUCUCACCAUUCUCACACGUUCUCAGCUGGUCUCACCCAUUCUCACCCGUUCUCACCAUUCUCACCAUUCUCAUCCAUUCUUACCAUUCUCACCCAUUCUCACCGUUCUUAUCCGUUUUCACCUGUUUUCACAUCUCCUGUCCCAGGACCUGCUGCUGCUCCCUGCUGAUCAUG